AUUGGCUGAACGUCGCCAACAGCAGAUACAUUGCGGAGAGUCCGCAGCGCGGUGACGGCUUUACAGAGAAUCGCAGUUGUGCGGAUCCUGGUGACCCGAGCACUCUCGCCGAUUUUUUCUGCCCCAUUAUCCUUUCGUCUGAAUUCCAACAACUUCCACGUGGAACUUUGUCAGAACCUAUUGGACAACUAGCUACACUGUGCCCGGAUCGCCACAGAAGCUGCCUGGCCUGUUGAGUGUUUCCUGCCUUUUGAUAUUUACCAGUGUUUGAAGGUCGGGGAGUUUGAGUGGAGCCAAAGGGUUCUUGGCAAUAACCCUCACAAGCAGGAAGUCGGAGAGGAACCACAUUCGGACAACGGCGGCGGAGAUGUUGGCGGGACUGAGGCAACACGCAGACCGGAGGAACAGCACCUCGUAUUCCACCUUGGGUAGCUUACAACCCAACGUGACAGUUUGAUGUGCUCUGACCUGGAGCUGCAGCCGACAAUGGAUCAGACUGAUUACUGUUCUGAUGGAGGACUGCAUGUUACACUGACCCUCCGACUGCUCAUGCAUGGCAAGGAAGUUGGCAGCAUCAUUGGGAAGAAAGGUGACACGAUAAAGCGAAUGCGCGAGGAGAGCAGCGCACGUAUCAACGUGUCUGAGGGCUCAUGCCCUGAACGGAUCAUCACAAUUACUGGUUCGAUGGAGGCAGUCUUCAAAGCAUUCACAAUGAUCACAGGCAAACUUGAAGAGGACCUCAGUACAUCAAGCCUGAGUGACACCACAAGGAGCAAGCCCCCUGUUACACUGCGCUUGGUAAUCCCUGCCAGUCAGUGUGGUUCGCUGAUAGGCAAAGGAGGGUCAAAAAUCAAGGAGAUUAGAGAGACUACAGGAGCUCAGGUUCAGGUAGCCGGGGACCUGCUGCCAAACUCGACCGAGCGUGCAGUCACCAUCUCUGGAACUCAGGAUGCCAUCAUCCACUGCAUCAGGCAAAUUUGUGCAGUAAUUCUGGAGUCUCCACCAAAAGGGGCCACCAUUCCUUACCGUCCCACCCUUGGACCUGGACCAGUGGUGUUCUCUGGUGGACAGGCGUACACCGUCCAAGGACAGUUUGCAGUCCCUCAUCCAGAUUUGUCGAAGCUUCACCAGUUGGCUGCUCAGCACGCUUCCUACAAUGCAGUGAACCAGUCCUCCUCAUCAUACUCUGGAUUGGACAACAGUGGUCAGACUACAUCUCAGGAGCUCCUGAUUCCAAAUGAUUUAAUUGGCUGCAUCAUUGGGAGACAGGGCAGUAAAAUAAAUGAAAUCCGGCAGAUGUCAGGUGCUCAAAUCAAGAUCGACAAUCAGGUUGACGGUUCGACCGAGAGACUCGUUACAAUCACAGGGGGUGCCCUGAACAUCAACUUGGCACAGUACCUCAUAAAUGCAUGUUUAGAGAUGGCUAAAACCACCUCCCAGAAUGCUUCCAUCACGACCCCAGUUGACCUCAACAUGACCUUCUCUCAGCCUGCCAACCCUGCCUCUUCCCCACUGGCAUCGAUGAGCUCCGCCCUCCCAUCCUCUAUGCUGAAUGCCCCCUAUGCCAUUCCCAUCUCCAGCCUCCUUGGCAUGAAAAAUGUUCCCUUCCUGGCAUUGUCUGCAGCCAACUCGGGGCCUUCUGGGAGCCUGUCAGCUUACACAGCCAAAAUCUCCUCAUCCAAUGGGGUUAAGAAGUCUGAGCGACAGAAGUUCUCACCGUAUUGAAAGGAUGGUGCAGCUGCUCAGACCCUGUGUAGAACUAGUGAGGUAACGAGUGACGGGAAGGAGUCAUUGGGAGUAUCAUUCAGAUUUGUGAAUAUUGUUGUUUAGGAGGUCUGUUUUCAUGCAAGUCUGUACCUGCAGAUUGACCCCCAACCCCUUAGAGUGGCUGAAUAACCUUUUACCUGAUUCCCUCAGCAUUCACACAAAAAAAAUCAACAUUUUUAAGAACUGGCGCUAUUUGAUAAAUUUAAAUUUCCCCUUGGUUAAUCACAAUUGAGACAUUGGCUCAGUGGAUAAAUACAUUGCCCACUGAAUAACUGAGCCACAAAAUCCUUGUGUUCAAUCUCAAGGCAGGAUGACUAAUGCCUGAGAUAAGGAGAGGGAGAGUGCCAACCUGGGUUCCCAUUCCAGACUCGCAUCAAUGACUUCUGGUGGAACAGGCAUCGGAAGGCUGAGCGACCAUAGGGUGGGCUGAGGGAGGAGUGGGGGAAUCAUAGCUAAGUUUGGUUAACUCCCACCCCCCUCCCCCCCCACCCCACCUUGACCCCCUCUCACAACAAUAGGGCCCAUUAGUCCUUUGAUUAUUAAAAUUAACCUAGUAUCCUGUAGAAGAAAGUGUGGUUGAUGUGGUUCUUAGCUCCUGUUGUCCCAGCUAAUUUACUGCCUUUAAGAACAGAGGGGGUAAAGUGUAAUAAGGAGAUUGGUUUAAAAAAAAAAAAUGCAAUUUGGAAAGGGGAGGUGUUUUGCUGAUGCCAGCUCGCUGUGCAUUCUGGGAAUCAGGGAAGCCAUAUUGGAAGUCACUGGGCUUUUGGGGGCUUGGUGCAUUCCGUUAAUCUAACCACUUCCUGUGUGCUGUACUUCACAUUAAUCAGAUGUUUAAGCAUUUUAGUUAUACCUGAUGACUUCAGGCAAUAUUUCAACAUUGAAUAAUUACAAUGAAAAAAUGUUUAAUUGUUUUUUUUUUGGUUUUCUCUCCAAGCAUUCACGAGUGACAAAUGACUACACUGUAGCAUGGUCAGGCUGCAGUAAACAUCUCUGGUCCAAGGUCAACAAGUUUUCGUGUGCCCCCUACCAGUCCCCACAUAUCUAAUACCUGACCCUUCAGGAACAGGCUGAAAAUUAAGCAUCAACAGACUAUGCAAAAGUUAAACAUAGAUUUGAUUUUUAAAAUAAAAUACAUCAUCUGAUUUGAAUCCUGCAGCCAGAUCCUGAAAGUUGAUUUUUUUUUAAAAAAACGUUCUCGUUGGGACUGGACCUAUUUUUCUGAUAUGUUUAGAAAGUGAAUAAGUUUUUCCAGGAGUUCAGUUGGGGCUCCAACAUCCCCAGUGCUGGAUGGAGCACAGGAGGACAGGCCUGAAGAAAAAGUUGUGUUUGUACAAGCUACAGGAAUGCAGCACAUCUCAUGAUCGAGCACGAGCGCGCGCACACACAGGCACGCGCACAUGCCAUCUCAAAGUAUCACUGACAGCUUCUAGACAUUCCACUCCCUUACACAAAGCUUUUCCACGCGGGCCGUUCACCGGGCAGAGGAGAGAUAUUGGUUAUGGUGUCUAACUGGAUUGCAGGCGUGCUGAAAGCCAAUGCCCAUUCGCUGGGUGCAGGUGUAGGGUUACGCGCCGCCUGUUUCAGAUCUGUUGUAGGUGGGUGCUGCCAGGUGCACUCUUGAUGCUGGCGAGCUGUAACGUGGGGACAGCUUUCCUCUACCCUGGGAAUUUUCGGUAGGACAGUGUAGAAGAAGAUGUUCCUUAUCCUGGGGACAGGUCCUGGGCUGCUCCCUGAAUUCCAUUGGCGCCCUUGACCUGGGGGUGCUCGUCCUCGCAAGAAGGUUGGACAAAGCCUGUGUCCCCGUUCCAUAAAGCUGAAGCACUGUGAUGCGAUGACUUUCACCUCACUGAGAUGGUGCUUGUUUAGUUGUGGCUGCAAGUUGCUGAAUCCUUGUUGAAGAAAGCUUUGUGUAAUGGUACAGGCAGUCUCUGUGUGCACACACAGGGUUCUGGGCAGGCGGCCAUGUCUAAUAUUACAGACCCCGUUCUUUGUACCCUUUUCCUGCCUCUGUCUUCAUCCCGCCUCUGUCCUCAUCUUGUGUUGUGGUGUUCAAAUUCGCUCUCCAUUUUCCUUUGCAGUUGUUUCUUUUAUAUUUCCUGUUAUGUUUCGUUAAAUAAAAGUUUUUUAUGCAACACAAAUUCCUUUUAUAAAAUCUUAAUAAAAAGUUUUUUGGCACAUUA